UGCCAGGAGAAGUUGACUGCUCCGCAGCAGAUGCCCGCCAAGUGGAGUUUUAAAACAAGACAGCGGUGCAUGUGGGUUGAAAAUGUUGAGGGGGAUCAUGGAAGGUUCAACACAAAGUGAUUGUUUCGCUGUCAACCUUCGUUUUCUUAAAGAAGAUCUGGAAAACAGGGAUAUUAAGCUCUGCGACCAACACCAGCAUCAGAAUCUUAUACUCCAGGUGGGCGGAGAAGAAGGGGAGACAGAACUAACUGUCAGAGACGGAGAUGGAGUUUGUGUUUUUAAAUUCUCAGUGGGCCGGGAGACAGAGUGCUGCCGUGCUGGAACACAGUCUCUGCUGAUUACAUUGGGCUACAUCAGUGUCCUGCUGCAGUUUAGAUCAGACAGUGAAUUCUGUGAUUUCUACAAUGUUUUGAAGAGUUGCAGAGCUUCUAAGAAAGAACAGUCGGUCUUUCAUCAGCGCACAGACGAUUCUUCAGCACUGCAGUAUUUUCAGUUCUAUGGCUGUUUAUCACAGCAACAGAACAUGCUCCAGGAUUUUCUGAGAACCGCUACAUAUCAUAAAGCAAUACUACAGAAUGAAGUUGACUUCAAAAACAAGGUUGUUUUAGAUGUUGGUUGUGGAUCAGGGAUCCUUUCAUUCUUUGCAAUUCAAGCAGGAGCAAGAAAGGUCUACGCUGUUGAGGCUAGUUCUGUGGCAAAAUAUGCUAAGAUUCUGGUUAAGAGCAACAACCUCUCUGAAAAAAUAAUAGUCUUGGCUGGGAAGAUUGAAGAAGUUUCUUUUCCAGAAAAUGUAGAUAUCAUCAUUUCUGAGCCCAUAGGAUACAUGUUGCUAAAUGAAAGAAUGCUGGAGAGUUACCUCCAUUCAAAAAAGUGGCUGAAACCCAAAGGAAUGAUGUUUCCAACCUUCAGCGACAUUCACCUGGCACCUUUUACUGAUGAGCCUCUUUACAUGGAGCACUACUCCCGUUCAAAGUUCUGGCAUCAGACAUGUUUCUAUGGGAUUAAUUUGACAGGUCUUCAUAAUGCAUCUGUUGAGGAAUAUUUUAGACAGCCAGUUGUGGACACUUUUGACAUGCGAAUUCUAGUGGCAAAAUCUAUCAAAUACACCAUUAAUUUCCUUGAGGCCAAAGAAGAGGAUUUGCACAGGAUGGAAAUACCUUUUGUCUUUCAGCUUCUUCAGUCUGGUUUGAUCCAUGGCUUAGCAUUCUGGUUUGAUGUGGCAUUUGUGGGAUCUCAAGUAACUGUGUGGCUGUCCACAUCCCCAAGUGAGCCCCUGACACACUGGUACCAAGUCCGAUGUCUUCUGAAAACACCACUCUUUGCCAGAGCUGGGGAGACUUUGACUGGAAAAGUGCUGUUGGUAGCUAACAAGAGGCAGAGCUAUGAUAUUCACAUUGCAGCUACAGUGGAGCAGUCAGGAUUCAAAUCAGGCAAUGUACUUGAUUUAAAAAACCCAUUUUUUAGAUACGCUUAGGAACAAUGCCACAUCUGAGUGGUGAAGUUCUACAUUCUGAAGAGUGUCUUUGGUACUGUCUGAGUUAAAGAUCAAAGUUUCAGGAUUUUUAUAUACUGUAUGUGAUGCUGUUUAGUGAUAUUUUAGUCAAGUGCCUCCCUCAAGAAAUAUUUCUUGACACAUUCAAGAAAUGUCAUGCAUGCUAUAAAUUCUGCAGUAAGACAUCUGUGUAAAGGCUGGAGAUCACACUUAAUACUCUAUGCACUAUAAAUGCAUUAUUAACAACCUAUUAACAAUUAAUUUUACAUUAACAUAGCAUCACUAUAUAACAAUAGUUUAGUUUUUGCUAAUAUUAUCAAAUUAGACAUUAGUUCAGGUUACUGUAUUUAUCAGUAGGUUAAAUAUGUUCUCCUGAAUCUCAUUUGAUAUAUAAUAUUGUAUAUGCUAUUUUAUAAAAAAACAAGUGGACUAUACCACCCCUAAUAUAAAGUGUUUUUUAUUUAUUUUACAUUUUCCAACUAUUUUUGUUAAUGAGCAAUAAUGACACGUUUAUAUUUUCAUGUAUUAAAAUGAGAAAUGCUGAGAUUCCAAUAAAGAUCAGACAUAAUGCAUAUGUGCAGUAUACAGUAUAUAUUUUGGUAAUGUAAUGUAAUCUGUCAUAGUAGUCUUUUGUAUGGUAGCAAUAAGUAUGCAAUUUUAUGUAUCCAGGCCUUUCAGUUCUACUUAGAAUUGCAUUUCACAUUCCUUCUCAUUGUACAUCAGUUUACGACAUUGUACCACUUGGCAUAAAAUUCAUUAUUAAAAAAUGUUUUUGUUGUUGUCUUAUUUGGUUGUUUUAGCUUCACAUGCUGUAUACUGUACAGUAUUUGGACUUUCCUGGAAACACGUACAGUUCAAAGUCCUGUUUGUGAAGCUUCUUGAAGAAAGAAAGGUGCAUGCUUCGUUCAUCUCAUCUAAUGGCUUAGCACAAUUUAAA